AUGAAAGUUAGUGUGGACUUCUCCUUCAAUGACUGUUGCAAACAGUGCCAAGUCUCAAAAGAUGUUUUUGAUGUGUUGUCCCGCGACACCGAUCAGUUAGUAUACUCAAAAGUUUGGGUACCACAGUAUACAAGGCAGAAUCUGGAUUUUGUCUUGCACUGCACCUGCGACAGUCAGCUACCUUUGAAUACCAUACGGAUUCCCGCACGUCUCUUCGGUAUAAGCGUGGGUGAAUUUACCAGUGAUUAUGCCCUUAUGGAAAGGGUGAACUCAAGACCACCCAGUUUGACUCAAAUCUUUCUACUGAUCAGAGAUCAAUUGUACGACAAGUUGUUGCAACUACCUACAGAGCAUGAUAUCAUGGAAUUUUUCUCUAAGAAGUAUGGAGUUGUAGAAUUGGGAACCGUGGUGCAUGAAAACGAAAUUUUGGACCCCCAAUGGUGUCAGAUAUUAAGCUGCAACCCAUACAAGCAAGGUGUGGUCAACUUCGAUUCCACCAAAAUCACACUGAUCAGGGAUGACGAACAUUUGCUAAUGGACGUUUCCUCAACAACUCAAAUACCUAUCGAGAAUGCGGAUUACGGGAAACUGCCUUUUGAGAGUCUCAGAGAAAAAGUAAGCAGAGAGAUGCUUGUACCAGAACCGUGCAAUUCUGAUGACGAUUCAUUGUACGUGUUUGCUACUAUGGACACUCUGGUGAGCCUCAAUGUAAUAAGCGGCUCCCUUGUACGAUUAAAGAGCGAACAAAACUCAUCUUCUUCCAUUGCCAAAAUGUUUGUUUUCUUAAGUCCGAAUCAAUAUGAAAGCGGUAAAGUAUACCUGACACCCAGGUUAAUGUACCAGUUUCAUGAAUCAUCUUCUAUAUCGAUUUGGCCGUACCACAACCUCGAUGUGAAACAAAUACCCAUUGCCAAAUCUGUAUCUCUUGCCCGGAUAGGAAGUUGGCAUCAGUCACAGAAAGUUUUCCAGAAUAUCAUAUUGCAUAGUUUGAAACAAAAUUUCAUGGACAAGAGAAGAAUUUUGAAAGUCGGAGAUAAAAUCCCUGUUGUAUUCGACUCUUCGUUGUUACCUUUUUUCGAAAACGGAGGGGAUGGUCCCGCCUGGCAUAACGAGUUAAUUGAAGCGGAUAACUUGGUCUGGUUUAAAGUCGAAGAGGUCGACUUUAACAAUGAUGAAAACUCAACAAUAAACAAGGACGCAAUUUUCUUGGUGGACCCUACGGAACAAACAAAACUGGUCACAGUAAACGUAGUCAAUGAAAGACCGUUGCCCUUGAAUAAGUGCGAUUUUCUCUCCUUCUACAGAUUAGACUCAGUGUUCCAAUUUGACUAUGACAUCUUCCCAUAUGCCAAAAAACUCACCAAUAUCGUGGAAUCUAGUCUAAAACGUGAACAGAGUAGAUUGAAUAUGGACACAUCAAUAUUACUUCACUCGUCAAAUAAUGGAACAGGUAAAAAUACUCUUCUUAGAUCUGUGUCGCUGAGUCUUGGAAUCCACUUUUUCGAAACAGAUUGUCGAUCAUUGGCCACUAACCUAACUUCAGUGGACUCUACAGCAAAGAUUUUAGGUUUUAUAAAGGCACGAAUCGGAAAUCCUUUGUCUCAUGCGACACCAGCUAUUGUGUAUAUAUCACAUCUGGAGCACUUGUUCACACAAUCUGAUCCAAACCAGGACCCAGUCGCAGCGAAACUAUCAAGAUCAUUUGAAGCAGAGUUUGUCAAUCUGGCUCAGCAUUUUAUGCAUGACUUUCACAACGUAGUUUUUAUUGCUUCUACAAACGAUAUAAGCACGGUCCCGUCUCGGAUACGAUCACGAUUCCAAUUUGAAAUUGAAGUUCCUACACCCACAGAACCGCAGCGCCGUGAUAUUUUUAGAUGGUAUCUAUCACAAGACCAAUUGAAUAAAGGAGAGCACAACUCUUUCCAUUUUACGGCAGCAAAGGAUGUUGACUAUUUGAAACUGGCCUUGCAUUCAGCUGGGUUGAAACCGCUAAAUAUUAAAUCAAUAGUUCAAACAGCAAAGGCUGAAAGCUAUAGACAUUAUCAAUCCAACACAGAAGACUUAAUUUGGCAAAUGAAUUGCUGUGUUGUGACAAUGGAAGCUUUACAGGUGGCAAUUAACAAGGCAAGAGAUGAGUUUUCUGAAUCGAUUGGUGCGCCAAAAAUACCAAAUGUUACAUGGGCCGAUAUUGGAGGUAUUGACGUUGUCAAGGGUGAAAUAAUGGACACCAUCGAUCUACCUUUAAAGCAUCCCGAGUUGUUCCGUUCUGGGAUGAAAAAGAGAAGCGGCAUUCUGUUUUAUGGACCACCUGGCACAGGGAAAACGCUUAUGGCCAAAGCGAUCGCCACUAAUUUCUCUCUGAAUUUCUUCAGUGUCAAGGGGCCUGAAUUGUUGAAUAUGUACAUUGGUGAAUCAGAAGCCAAUGUACGUAAAGUAUUCCAGAAAGCAAGAGAAGCCAAACCAUGUAUCAUAUUUUUUGAUGAGAUUGACUCCGUGGCCCCGAAAAGGGGUAAUCAGGGAGAUUCUGGCGGUGUCAUGGAUCGUAUUGUCUCUCAGCUGUUGGCCGAAUUGGACGGUAUGGGAGAGGACGGGGACGGUGUGUUUGUAGUGGGCGCCACCAACAGACCUGAUCUGCUUGAUGAGGCCCUUCUGAGACCAGGCAGAUUUGACAAACUGCUUUACCUCGGAAUUCCGGAUACCGAUGAAAAGCAAUUGAAUAUAUUGAAGGCAUUAACACGGAAAUUCGAUUUGGCUGAAGACGUCGAUUUGCUGGAACUAGCCCAAAGGUGUCCCUUCAACUACACGGGUGCGGAUUUCUAUGCACUCUGCUCAGAUUCAAUUCUCAAUGCCAUGACGAGAGUCGCUGGUGAUGUAGACCGCAAAGUGGAAGCAUACAACGAGCAAAACGAUGCGCACGUCUCGGUGAACAAGUGGUUCGACAGUGUAGCAAAAGAGGAGGAUACGGCUGUGCAGGUACAGAUGUCCGAUUUUGUGAAAGCUUUGCAAGAGACGAAACCCAGUGUAUCUAAGGAAGAGCUUGCCCAUUACUUACAGGUAAAGAAGACUUUCGAGGGUUGA